AUGGCUGCUUUUCUUCCACCUGGUGUUGUUUUCAUUCCUAAUGAUGAGAUUCUUAUUGGCUAUUACCUUGUCAACAAAAAUGACGAAGACCUUCAUAUUUUCAAUGGCUCUCACAUGAUUAAAGAGAUGAACCUAUAUGACUUUGAUCCCUUCGAAUUGUCCCCCGCGUCAUCCUAUUCAAUCUACAAUGAUAGCGUAGUUUUAGGAACUAAAACUCUCUUUGUUUUCUAUCUUGGAAAAUCCCCAAAUGAUUCAAAAAGAACUAAUUGGACUAUGUAUGAAUAUGCUUUGGCAGAUAAUCCGCAGGCUCAUUUUGUUCUUUGUAGAGUAUUUGAUUGUCCAAUAGAUAUGGACGUGGAUAAUGAGUUUGGGCCUAGAUCUGAUGUUGAUGAAAUUCAUUGUGAUGAAAGUGAUAAUGAACUUGAGAAAUUCGGCAUAUGA